GGUGGCUUUCCAUAUUUCUCCAGCUUCCGUCCCAGCUGCUUCAUCUCUGACCACUUUCCCCUCGCUCAGGGUUUGCGCGUCCUCUGUCUCGCAUCCCGUUCUGGCGGCUGAGAUAGCGUGGAUGAGUACCAUUCCGCCAUUUGUUGCUCUCAGAAGCUAAAUACCGAUCCAUGCGGUUAUGGCUUAUCAUUGCGCUUUACCUCCCUAAGUUUAUCAAUGCUCGGUAUAAAUACACACCGUACUGCAAUUCAGGAUCAGUAGGUACUUCACGCAGGCAAACACUGCAGCUCAGCUCAUUAAGGAACCAUUCAUCUGCUCACCCUAACCUUCCAGUUUACUCACUCGGUUUACCCCUAGUCUUCUUUCCAGCGUCGUUCCAGCAGUGAGUGACCGAGCAGUGUCACUCUCUCCCAAAAAGCUAGGUUUCUUCCUGGAUUCUCCACCAUGUAUGGCUCCACAGCUCCAACAACAACCCUCACCGGCCAGAAGCGAGACCGUGCCGAUCUUGCUCCCGAGUGGAGCCAGUAUUCAGGCGGGAACGGCGCGGAAAUUUACGGGGAUGGCGGAAACGGUUCUCAGGGCGAUGGCGGAGACGAGGGGGACUACCUCGCGGCUCUCCGCGGGCGCAACAGCGGGCGAUGGCGCGCCAUGGAGGCGGAGUUCAAUCCCAAGGGCGCGGGGAGGGGGAGGGGCCGUGGAAGAGGCGCGGGUUGGCGGGCAGCAGGCACACCAAGCGGAAGAGGGGCGGGAGCUGGCGCAGGACCUGGCGCAAGUUUCAGUGGGGGGGGAUGGGCGGUGGUUAUGGGGGAGCGAGUUGGGGAGGGGAUCAGGGAGGAGGGGGGAGCAGCGGAGGAGGAGGCACGGGAACGGGCGAAUGUUUCAAAUGCGGGCAGUUCGGCCAUUGGUCAAGAGACUGCCCUAAUAAUGCUGGUGCUCCGCGUUCUGGUAGUGCCGCCCCUGGUGGGGGAGGAGGGUGGAGCUCGGGGGUGUCUGUUGGGAGUGAAUCUGGUGGUGGGGGUAGCGGUGCUGACGUGGCAGAGCGGUUUUGUGCAUGUGGCGCUGGGCGGUGUGUUGUGCUGACUGCACGCACGGAGAGGAACAUGGGGAGACAGUUCUACCGAUGCCCUAACAAGGACGCCUCGUGUGGGUUCUUCGAGUGGUGUGACGCAGCAGCAACCACCGCCGCCGCACCUUCCCGCCAACCUUCACUCCCGUCCUAUUCUGCAUCACCGUCACCAUCAGCUUCAGCCUCCGCAGCAGGAGGCAGAAGGGCGAGCUGGGGAGGCUCUGGAGCUGGUGGGGCAGGGGGAAUGGGAGGGGGAGCUGGGCUCGGCGGUGUUGGGGGAGGAGGGGGCUGGGGAGGCACAGGAGGGGGAAGGGGGCAAGCAGCAAUGGGAGGGGGAGGAGCAGGAGGGGGAAUGGGGCGAGGAGCCGUGGGGCAAGGGGCAAUGGACUGUGCAUGUGGCGGUGGGCAGUGCCUGGUUCUGACUGCCCGCACUGCAGCUAACAAUGGCCGGCAGUUCUUCAAGUGCCCCAAACCAGAGCCCUGCGGAUUCUUCAAGUGGUGUGAUGAUGCGGCAUCCAACCCUUCCUCCUCUCAGCGUUCCUAUGCCAGCCCAAGUGGUGCUGCUUCCAACACCACCACCAGCUACGCCAGCAACUACAGCAGCGGAUACAGCAGUGUGUCGAAUCCUGGUUAUGGUGCACGUUCGGGAUCGUUUCCAAGCACAGGUGCAGUGCCGCGUUCAGGUGCUGCUUCCGGUGGGCCUUCAGGUGCUACUGUGGGUGCAUGCUACAAGUGCGGAGUGGAGGGCCAUUGGGCCUCAGCAUGUCCUUCAAGGGGGUGAUGGGGGAGAUGGGUCCUGUGACAGUGACGGUUGAUGCCUGGUGUUGUGGUUGUAUGGAGAGGAGGGGGCUAUGGAAAAGGCACAUGAGAGCACGGUGAAGAGGGAGGCAGGAGGAGAUGCUUGGGAAGAAUUACUUUGGGAAAGAUGUUCAUUCUGAGUGCAAGUGAGGGGAGGGACGGAGUGCAGGUCUAUAUAACUGCAUAACCGAAGUUUUUUAGGUUAAAAUAGACAAUUUUUUGUACAGAUGACGUUCCAACUGGUUUUAGAUGGCUGUG